AUGAUGAAUCAGGUUCUAUUCAGAAUAUCAGCCUUUCUCCUUAUGGUGUUGCCAACUGCCACUGGCUUUACCUUGGCACCUACCGGUGGAGUGAGCACAAAUAUCUAUCAUAAUAGAUGGACUAUUCGCUCCAUGGUAUCCACCAGUACCGAUGCUAGUACCAAUAGCACUAAUGCCUCCCGAGAUGCUUCUUCCACACCCAAGCCAUCUUCCAAACCCAUUCGGCGUUAUCGUACGGUCAAGCGAGAGCCAUUGAUUGCCAUCAUUGGACGUCCCAACGUUGGAAAGUCUGCCUUGGUGAACCGCAUUGCUGGAAGCUUCCAGGGAGGUGCCAUUGUGGCGGAUGAAUCGGGCAUCACCAGAGAUCGUACCUACCGUCCGGCCAAUUUUUUGGGAGAGAACUUUCAAUUGGUGGACACGGGUGGUUUGGUGUUUGAUGACGAUGAAGGUACACUCUUUGCCAAGGAAAUUAGACAACAAGCAAAUGUUGCAAUUGAUGAAUCUUCGGGUGUUAUCAUGGUCGUAGAUGGUCAAGUAGGUUUGACUGCCAUGGAUUUGGCCAUUGCCGACUUUUUGCGACGCGAGGUAUUGCCUCGAAUGCCAGUUACAGUGGCUGUCAACAAGUGUGAAAGUGAAACACAUGGAGCACUCAAUGCUGCCGAAUUUUGGAAUCUAGGAUUGGGGGAACCAGUCCCUGUUUCAGCUUUUCAUGGAGUUGGAACUGCCGAACUUCUUGAAGGAUUGUUUCAGCAGAUUGUCGAGGCCAAGACAGCUGGAAUUGAUACAUUUGGAACCAAGGUACAGCGAUUGCAUGAAGCAAAGAUUCGAAAGAACUCCAAGAAGCCAUUGCCUGGAGAAGAUGAAAUUGAUUUCAAAAUUAGAAAGUACGGUCUUGGCGAUGUUGGCAAGGAAAUUGAAAAAGAAUACGAAGCAGCAUUGAAGGCUUUUGAUGAUCAAGAGCGACCGGAAGAAAUUAACGUUGCCAUCGUUGGCAGACCCAACGUUGGAAAGUCUAGUUUGCUGAACAACUUGUUUGGAGAUGACCGUGCCAUCGUCAGUGACAUGGCUGGUACCACCAGAGAUUCGAUUGAUUGUGCCAUGGAAAGACCGCCCGAAAUCGAGGGAGACUUGCCAACCAUUUACCGUUUUGUGGAUACCGCUGGUAUUCGUCGUAAGGGAAAGGUUGAGUUUGGACCUGAAUUCUUCAUGGUCAACCGAGCACUUAGAGCUAUUCGACGUUCUGAUGUUGCUUUGUUGAUUCUUGACGCCACCGCUGGUGUGACAGAACAAGAUCGUAUUCUUGCCCAAAAGAUUGCAGAUGACGGACGCGCCUGUGCCAUCAUUUGCAACAAGUGGGAUGCCGUUGUGGAUAAGGACUCGACUACAUACGACAAGUCUGUCAAGUACAUGCGAGCAGAGAUGCCAAUGAUUCGAUGGGCCCCCAUCCUUUUCAUUUCCGCCGCAACUGGCCAACGCGUUGGAAAGCUCUAUGGUAUUAUCGAUGAAGCCAUUCAAGCGCACCGCAAGCGAGUUUCGACAUCGGUUCUGAAUGAAGUUCUCAGAGACGCAAUUUUGUGGCAACCACCACCCGCAAAAAGAAACGGUGCACAAGCUAAGAUCUACUACUGCAAUCAAGUCAGUACCCGUCCUCCUACCAUUGUUGUUUUUGUCAACGAUCCAAAACUUCUCAAUGAUAAUUACAGACGGUACUUGGAUCGUAAAUUCCGAGAAUCCUUGGAUGGUUUUGAAGCUACUCCCAUCCGAUGGAUCUUCCGUGGUCGUCGCAACCGUGAUAUUCAGCGACAAAAGGAGAUGAACGGAGCCCCAGGAGAUGGUGGUGCAGGUGUCAGUAUGCCGUUCCCCCAUGCCGAUUAG